CUGUGAGAGGUAGUUCCAAAAACCUGUGGUGGAGCUGCACAUUGGAAGAAUACCGUACAGAGACUUCACCCGGUAUUUUGACCAAAAUGGCAUGAUUUUUUUCCAUUUAUGUAUUUUGUUCAUGCAGGUUGAACAGAGAAAACAAAGAAUUGAUGAACCCCAGAAGAUGAACCACUUAAUUGUCAUGUUCAUGUGUGCCUUGGCUGGCUCUAUGGGCCAGGAGCCAGACCAGGCCCACGGCUGUACCCACGGCAGCUGUUACCCAGCAACAGGAGACCUGCUGGUGGGGCGUGAGAAGAAUCUGAAAACUUCGUCCACCUGUGGCCUGCGGAGAAGAGAGCCUUACUGCAUCGUCAGUCACCUGCAGGAUGAGAAGAAGUGUUUCCAGUGCGACUCGCGUCGGCCGUAUGACCCAGUCUACAAUACCAUCAGCCACCGCAUCGAGAACGUCAUCACUACCUUUAAGCCACACCGCAAGAAGUCCUGGUGGCAGUCAGAGAACGGGAAGUCUGAUGUCAGCAUUCAGCUGGACCUGGAGGCGGAGUUUCAUUUCACGCAUCUCAUCAUGACCUUCAAGACAUUUCGCCCAGCAGCACUGCUGAUCGAGCGUUCUGCAGACUUCGGCCGCACCUGGCAGGUGUAUCGCUACUUCGCCUACGACUGUGCCUCUGUCUUCCCUGGGAUUUCCCAGGGGCCACUGCGUAAGGUGGAUGAUGUCAUCUGUGAGUCCCGUUACUCUGACAUCGAGCCCUCCACAGAAGGAGAGGUUAUCUACAGGGUUCUCGACCCAGCCAUCCGCAUUGAGGACCCCUAUAGCCCUAAUAUUCAGAACCAGCUGAAGAUCACCAACCUGCGUGUGAACUUCACCAAGCUCCACACGCUGGGAGACAACCUGCUGGACACCCGUGUGGAGAUCAAGGAGAAGUACUACUAUGCCAUGUACGAGCUGGUGGUCCGCGGCAACUGCUUCUGCUACGGCCACGCCUCUGAGUGUGCACCCAUCGCUGGGAUCAAAGACGACAUAGAGGGCAUGGUGCAUGGAAGGUGUGUCUGUAAGCACAACACUAAGGGUUUGAACUGUGAACAGUGUGAUGACUUCCACAACGACAUGCCCUGGAGGCCAGCGGAGGGCAGGAACACCAACGCCUGCAAGAAAUGCAACUGCAAUGGCCAUUCCAACCAGUGCCACUUCGACAUGGCGGUGUACCUGGCCACAGGGAAUACUAGCGGUGGCGUCUGUGAUGACUGCCUUCACAACACCAUGGGCCGCAACUGUGAGAUGUGCAAGCCCUUCUACUACCAGGACCCAGCCAGGGACAUCCGAGACCCCGGAGUGUGUGUGGCUUGCGACUGUGACCCUGACGGCUCUCUGAACGGGGGCAUCUGUGACGGCCACGAUGACCCCUCCCUGGGCAUGAUCGCUGGGCAGUGCCGCUGCAAGGACCACGUGGAGGGCCCACGCUGUGACAAGUGCAAGUCCGGUUUCUUCGGUCUGAGUGCAGACAACCCCCAAGGCUGCCAGCCCUGCCAGUGUGAUGGCCGGGGCACCGUGUCCGGGAGCCCCCAGUGCGACCCUGUCAGUGGUGACUGCUUCUGCAAACGGCUGGUCACUGGGCGCAGCUGCAACCAGUGCCUGCCGGAACACUGGGCUCUGAGUCACGACGCAAAUGGCUGCCGAGACUGCGACUGCGAUGUGGGCGGUGCCACCGACAACCACUGCUCCAUGGAGACAGGGCAGUGCCGUUGCCGCAGUCACAUGGUGGGCCGGCAGUGUGACCAGGUGGAGUCCGGGUACUACUUCAUGGCUCUGGAUCACUACACCUAUGAGGCGGAGCUUGCUAAGCUGGGACAGGGCUGCACUGUGGAAGAGAGGGAGCACCAGCCGGGUCGUGCAGCCACCUGGACUGGUACCGGAUUCGCCCGUGUGCCUGAGGGCAGCACCCUGGAGUUCUCCAUCAACAACAUCCCCUACUCUAUGGAGUACGACGUCCUGAUUCGCUAUGAACCACUGAUGCCGCGGGACUGGGAGGAGGUGCGUGUGACGGUGGUGCGGCCAGGUCCCAUCCCUACCAGCAGCCCCUGCGGGAACACCAUCCCUGCAGAUGACCUGCUGUCUGUGUCCCUGCCUGCUGGAUCCAGGUACGCAGUGCUGCCUCAGCCUGUCUGCCUGGAGAGAGCGGUGAUCUACACCCUGCGCCUGGAGUUCGUCCGCUACUCCGGCCGGACCAAGGUCCCUGGUGCCAACAUCCUAGUAGACUCGAUCUCUCUCCUCCCGCGCUACUCUUCCCUGGAGAUGUUCAUCGCCGGAGACCCCGCCUCCAUCGCCCGCAAGCAGAGCUACGAGCGCUACCGCUGCCACGAGGGGGCCAAGGCCGUGUCGCGCCCGCAGCUCAGCGACGUCUGCGCCAAGCUCAUCACCAGCAUGUCCGCCAUCAUCAACGACGGAGCCCUGGCCUGCCAGUGUGACCCUCAGGGCUCGGUCAGCUCAGAAUGUGACCCCCGGGGUGGCCAGUGCCGCUGUAAGCCCAACGUCAUCGGCAGGCGCUGUGACCGAUGCGCUCCUGGGACCUAUGGCUUCGGGCCAGCGGGGUGCAAACCGUGCGAGUGCAAUCCGGAGGGCUCCCGCAGCCGCCUCUGUGAGCAGUACACAGGGCAGUGCCAGUGUCGCCCCGGUGCCUUCGGCCCCCGCUGCGACGGAUGCCAGACGGGGCACUGGGGCUUCCCCAACUGCAGGCCCUGCCAGUGCAACGGGCAUGCCAAGGAGUGCCACCAGAGGACUGGCAGCUGCCUGAACUGCAGAGACAACACUGCGGGAGACAAGUGCGAAAGGUGUGCCAACGGGUACUAUGGUAACCCAGUGCUAGGCUCAGGGAGCCAGUGUCGGCCCUGCCCCUGUCCUGACGGCCCGGCAAGCGGACGCCAUUUUGCUGCUUCCUGUUACCAGGACAACCGUAAUAGGCAGGUGGUCUGCAACUGCAAUCAGGGAUAUACAGGGAUGGUAAAGCGCUCCGAGGGGAACGUCCAGCGCUCCCGCUGCGAGGAGUGUGCCCCCGGUUACUACGGCAACCCGUCGCAGCCUGGCGGGCGCUGCCAGCCCUGCCAGUGCAGCAACAACAUCGACCUCACAGACCUGGAGUCAUGUGACCGACGCACGGGGGAGUGCAGGAAAUGCCUGUACAACACAGAGGGCCCCAACUGUGGCGUCUGCAAGAGCGGGCACUACGGAGAUGCCACACGCCGCAACUGCAGGAAAUGCACCUGCAACUUCCUGGGCACAGAGCGCAACCAGUGCUCCUCACGGGAUGACUGCGUGUGCAACCGCGGCACGGGGCAGUGCCAGUGCCUGCCCAAUGUGAGCGGACUGACCUGCGACCACUGCGCCCCAAACUACUGGAACUUGGCCAGCGGGCGGGGCUGUGAACCCUGCGGCUGUGACCCCAACAACGCUCUCAGCCCCUCCUGCAAUGAGUUCACAGGACAGUGCCAGUGUCGCAAUGGCUUUGGAGGGAAGACAUGUAGGGACUGCCAGGAGAACUUCUGGGGGGACCCCAGGGUCCAAUGCAGAGCGUGUGACUGUGACCAGCGAGGCAUCGAGACCUCGCAGUGUAACAGGGUCACGGGCCACUGCGUGUGCCAGCAGGGCGUUUCGGGCGUGCGGUGCGACCAGUGCGCCCGCGGCUUCUCGGGUACCUUCCCCGACUGCCAGCCCUGCCACCAGUGCUUUGGGGACUGGGAUCGUGUGGUCCAGGACCUGGCGGCCCGCACCAAGGCCCUGGCUGAGCAGGCCCACGAGAUCCAGCUCACCGGACUGACCGGUGCUUAUGAGAAGAGUUUCCGGGAGCUAGAGGAGAAGUUGGGGCAGGCCCAGGGCAUCGUCAACGCCCGCAAUGCCACCGCAGAGAGCAUCACCAGUCUCAUGGCGCUCAUUGAAGACCUGAGGGCUCGGAUUGGUGAAACCACUGACACCCUGAACCGUCUGGAGGGAGACCUGACCAGUGUGCAGGACAAGAAUUACGAGGCCAGCAAUGAGCUGAGCGCCCUGGAAAGAGCGGCCAAAGAGCUCAACCUGACUUCUGACCAGUUGAACCGCCAGCUGGACAUCCUGAAGAACUCCAACUUCCUGGGUGCCUACGACAGCAUCCGCAGCUCCUACAACAAGUCCCGCGAUGCGGAGCGACGUGCCAACCAAUCCACCACCGACGUGCCCAGCACCGUCAGCCAAUCAGCGGACACGCGCCGCAAGACAGAGCGGCUCAUUGCGGAGCGGAAGGACGACUUCAACCGCAAGAAUGCCGCCAACAAGCGCGCCCUUGCAGAUCUGAACGCCAAGACGCAGACUCUGGACAUGAAGAAAAUUAAUGAGAAAGUCUGUGGAGCUCCUGGGGAUGCCCCCUGUGGAGAGAGUUCUUGUGGCGGUGCCGGUUGCCGUGACGAUGAAGGGAACAGGCACUGCGGGGGUCUGAACUGCAACGGUGCUGUGGCGACAGCGGACAACGCCCUGAAGAGGGCGAAAGAUGCAGAGAAGGAGCUCAACAAGGCCAUGGGUGAAGUGGAGGAGCUCUUCCAGAAGGUGGCUGAGGCUAAGAGAAAGGCAGAGGAGGCGAAGGGGAAGGCCCAGGCAGCCCUGGAUAAGGCCAAUGACACCAAAAACAAGGUGGAGCGCUCCAACAAUGACCUUCGUGACCUCAUCAAGCAGAUCCGAGACUUCCUUAUGCAGGAAGGUGCGGACCCGGACAGCAUCGAGAUGGUGGCCAGCCGGGUUCUGGAGCUGUCCAUCCCGGCCUCGCCCCAGCAGAUCCGGCACCUGGCAGAGGAGAUCAAGGACCGGGUCAACAGCCUGUCCAAUGUGGACGCCAUCCUGGAGCAGACCCACGACGACGUACGCAAAGCCGAGCUGCUGCUGCAGGAUGCCAAGAAGGCCAGGAACCGGGCAGAGGGCGUGAAAAACACGGCAGAGACAGUGAAGCAGGCGCUGGAGGAUGCUCGCAAGGCACAGGCUGCUGCCGAAAAGGCCAUACAACGUGCCAAGGAUGAUAUUGGCCAGACUGAAGUCCAGCUGGCACAGAUCCAGUCAGAAACCUCUGCCAGCGAAAAGAACCUGAAAGAUGCCAGGGAUCGCCUGGGAAGCCUGAGCCGGCAGAUUGAUGUCCUGAAGACCAAGCGUGCCAGCAACAGCCUGGAGGCGUCACGUGCUGAGGAGACUGCCACCAUGGCACGGGAUAAAGCCAAUGAAGCCAAGCAGCUUUUGGAUGGCGAGCUGACGGACAAGUACAGGACAGUUCAGGACCUGGUGGACAGGAAGGCCAAAACGGUGCAGGACGCCAAGCGUAAAGCAGAGCGACUGCGGGACGAGGCCAAGCAGCUGCUGCAGGAUGCUCAGAACAAGCUGCAGAGGCUGGCAGAGCUGGAGAAAGAUUACGAGGCCAACCAGAAAACGCUGGAGGGCAAAGCCAAGCAACUGGAUGGACUGGAGGACAAAAUGAAGGCUAUCCUCGAUGACAUCAACAAGCAGAUCCAGAUAUACAACACUUGCCAGUAAAGGCUAGUCUUAGCCCACCCACCACAGACUGGACUGUACUGCGGACACUGCACUGGAAUGACACCUGCCACUGUACUGUACUGAACCUGUAAAACUCUCCCCUCUAGUGGUCAGAAGAGCACUGCACCUCUUACACCAGCAGUGUCAAGAACAAUCAAGCUACAAAGUGUAACUGUGACUUGCUGUAUGCCAUUAUGUACAAUUUAAAUGGUAACUUCACUGCAAAGUAGAAAAUCUAUGUUGUCAUCUUCAUGUUACGAUUAAGUAGGUGUGCAGUUUGAUAAGAAAUGAACUAGCUUCACAGUGGAAAACUUCUAUUCGAGUUACGUUUUUACUCAAUGUAAUGUCAGCAGACUACAUUCCCCCAUUAUAAUGCACGUAAAUUAACUAUUGAUUUUUAAAUCCCUCCCACAAAUCAGUUUUCUCCAACAUUCAUUUGAACCUUUAAGAGCUUUGUUGAAACGCUUAAGUCAUUCUGUUUUUAUUGAAAUAAAUAUAACCUAGAAAAUUUCAGAUCCAGAGAAGAUGGAGAGCAAUAUGUCCAAGGCUUUUGAGGAGGCACAGAUGGCUCAUCUGGUUUGGGUUGUUUGUACCCUUAGUAACUGAAGGGCUUUUCAAUAUGUAUACCCAGUGACAAGGAAUUAAUAUAUAAUGUACACAGUGAAGCAUUUCUUGAAGUACAUUGUAUGAACUCCCCAUUUCUGUGUGACAUAACUUGGAGAAAAGUGUUAAGACAUCACAUUGACAAAACGGUCACACAUUGAACAUGUCAUUAAUUAAAGCUGACUUUAAACUGAAUAUAUAAUAAUUCUAAUUGUGCACCUUUGAAGAGAUAAAUG